GUAACGGUACUGCGUGUAUCGCGUUCUAUGCGAAAAAAAUUAAACUUUUACUGUUGAUUAAGCAAAGUAUGACCUAAUUUCAUCGCCUAAACAUGAAUUCGGAUACACAGAUCACAAAACUGAUUGAGGAGAUCUUGGGCGAAAAGAGCAAUGAUUUUGAUUACGAGGGUCCGAUGGUGGACGAUGAGGAACUGCAAAAACGAGCCGAGGAAGGAUAUAAAAAGUUUGCGACCAUCUUCGGGACAAUGUCCCAGGAGGGCAAAGAGUCUGCGUUGCGCUAUUAUUUGAGCUAUGUGGCCGGGAUCAACCAUCGGAAUAAAGUUCACAAACAUAUGCAGGUAUUGAACAAGCUAGUCGGUUUGAACAUCAUACCGGCACGGUUAUUGUGCGAACAGAUUAUGAGUUCCGAGAAGCUGAUUUAUCAAAAUCAGAGCUUUUGGAUCGAGUGCUUUCAGGUUGUUCGCAAAAUCAUCGGCGGCGUCGACUACAAGGGCGUCCGGGAGAUCAUGAAGUGCUGCAAGGAGAAGGCACUCUCGUUCCCGUCCGCAAUCGGCUCCAGCAUUCUGCCGCAGAUGCUGGAGCUGACCGAGGUUAUUGAGCAUAUUUUCAACCGGAACGCGUGCCUCCUUCCGGCGUACUUCAUCAUCAAUGAGAUUCAGAAGCCAGAUUUUCAGGACACCCACUGGCGCAUAGCCAAUCUGAUUGCGAACUUUAUCGAAGAGUUCGUAAUCGUGGCUCAGAUGCUGGCUAUUAUCGGCCACUCGUCGAUGUUGCCGAUCGUGGAGCAUUCCUCGUACGCGGACAAUCUUAUCAAUCCGUGGAAGCUCGAUCCAAAUACGUUGAAGCUUGCGCUGCGUGGUAAUCUUCCGUACGAACCGGAACUAUUGCAGCCACAGACAAAACUGCUGAGAUUUGUCUUGGAACAACCCUACUCCCGGGAUAUGGUGUGUUCGAUGUUGAAUCUGCAGAAACAGCAUAAACAAAAAUGUGUUGCGUUGGAAGAACAGCUAGUUUGGUUGGUAAUUUGCGCAAUGGAGUGCUCGGAAAAGGAGCCAGCUCAUCCCACCGAAGGCGAUGACAUGAUUUCCAGUCACACCCAGUGGGUAUGGCUUCAUCUGAGUUCUCAGCUGAUUUACUUUGUGCUGUUCCAGUUUGCUACGUUUCAAAAUAUCGUGAACUCAUUGCAUGACAAACUGGCUGUUAGAAAUUUACGCCGGGGACGAGAUCACCUGAUGUGGGUCCUGUUACAAUAUAUUUCCGGAAGCAUUCAGAGAAAUUCGAUCUCAAACUUUCUACCGAUUUUGAAACUGUACGAUAUUCUGUAUCCGGAAAAGGAACCUCUGCCAGUGCCGGACUAUAAUAGUCCUUACUGUACUCAUCAGAUGGCACCGACCUGCAUCUGGAUCCAUUUGCUUAAACGUGCCCAAUCGGAGCACUACAACAUAAACCGCCCGAUUCCGAUGGCUUUGAAGUUGCACCACGAUUUCCUGCAGCAUUUGGUUAUGCCAAGCAACAAUGCCUCGCUCUGUAUGGGUUCCGAUUAUCGUAUCGCUCUGCUGUGUAACGCUUACUCAACCAACCAGGACCUUUUCUCCCGUCCAAUGGCAGCCCUGAUCGAGACUAUUUUAGGGAAUCCGAAAAAUCAAACCGGUGCCGGCGGGAGCCAGCAACUGCCAACGGUUCCGUUGUCGAUGUGCGUGUUGGACAGUUUAACAAUCCACAGUAAGAUGUCGCUUAUUCACAGCAUCGUUACGCACAUGAUCAAACAGGCACAGAACAAAAGUACCAUCCCGAAUGCGAACAAUAUGGCCCCGGCGCUGGUUGAAACUUAUUCUAGGCUGCUGGUGUAUACCGAAAUCGAGUCGCUGGGAAUCAAGGGGUUCUUGAGUCAACUACUUCCGCAAGUAUUUAAAUUCCAUGCAUGGGGAAUUCUGUAUACCUUACUGGAGAUGUUCUCCUAUCGUAUGCAUCACAUUCAACCGCACUACCGGGUGCAACUGUUGUCUCACCUGCAUUCUCUAGCUUCUGUCCCUCAUACCAAUCAGAUGCAGCUGCACUCUUGCGUUGAAUCUACCGCGCUCCGUUUGAUUACCGGUCUCGGCUCGGUCGAAGUCCAAGCGCAACUAUCCCGCUACGUGAACGAACCGAAAACCCCUGGAAAUAUUGUCUCAGCCGAAAGUGAAGAACUGAACCGUGCUCUUAUCCUCACGUUAGCUCGUUCGAUGCAAAUCACUGGCACCGGAAACGAUUCACAAUCCAGCACAUGGUGUAAGGAUCUACUGGCUAGUAUUCUUCAAAAUACACCCCAUUCCUGGUCACACCACACGCUGCAGUGCUUCCCGCAGGUGUUGAAUGAUUUCUAUAUGCAGCACAGCAUCCCCAAGGAGAACAAACAACAGCUGAAGAAAUCGGUGGACGAGGAGUACCGCAAAUGGGCUUCGAUGUCGAAUGAGAAUGACAUGAUCGGAACAUUUGCCACGGCCGGUACACAGCCACUGUUUCUGUGUUUGCUGUUUAAGAUGAUUGUGGAGACGAGUACGAUUAACCCGAUGUCCUAUAAAAUUUUGGAACGUAUUGGUGCCCGUGCUCUGUCUGCGCAUCUGCGUAAAUUGUGUGACUAUCUCGUGUUCGAGGUAGCCAAUGCGGGCGCGAGUGCCCACGUGAACAAAUGCGUCGACACGAUCAACGACAUGAUUUGGAAGUACAACAUAAUCACCAUUGACCGGCUGGUGCUUUGUCUUACCUUGCGCACCCUCGACGGCAACGAAGCGCAGGUGAGUUUCUGCAUCAUACAGCUCUUGUUGCUGAAAACGACGGAGUUCAGAAGUCGCCUGCAGGAGUUUGUUAGUAUCAACUCGCCGGAACAUUGGAAGCAAAACAACUGGCACGAACGACAUCUGGCCUUCCAUCAGAAAUUUCCGGAAAAGUUUGCCCCGGACGAAUCGGUUUCUCAUCCGUCGCUGCCGGUGUACUUCGGUAAUGUUUGUUUGAGGUUCCUGCCCGUUUUGGAUAUCACAAUUCAUCGGUACUUGGAGGUACCACCCAGUAUGAGCAAGACGCUGGACGUUUUUCUGGAUCAUUUAGGAUCGCUGUAUAAGUUCCAUGAUAGACCGAUUACGUACUUGUACAAUACGUUGCACUACUACGAACGAAGGCUGCGGGAUAGGCCACAACUGAAAAAGCGAUUGGUUGGAACAGUCAUUGGUUCACUGAAAGACGUUCGCCCGGAUAAUUGGGCUCUGACGGAGCAGUAUCAGUCGUACAUGCUUAAAAAAGAUGAAACCAUCACCUGGAUACCGGAGCUAACCUAUUACAUUCAUUUAGUUCGUCGAAUGCAAGAUACGAUAGACGGUAACAAUGUAUUUCCGGGAACUGACUGGCGUUUCAACGAAUUUCCCAACCCUCCGGCCCACGCACUUCACGUGAGCUGUGUGGAAUUGUUGGGUCUUCCGGUUGGGCCCCAGUCGGUAGCCAAUAGUCUCAUUGACGUGGUCGUUAAGGGAUACCCGGUGAUACCCUUCCAGAGUGUGCACAAUUGGAUCAAUACGAUCGGGUUAAUGAUGGCGGCUCUGCCGGAAUCGUACUGGGGUGUGAUUUACGAGCGGCUUAGGGAUGUCAUCAGUUCACCGCAGAUGGCGGAAUGGACCUACCGGCAGAGUCCGUUCGAGAUGUUCAACUUUAAAAUCGUUACGGAAGCGAUGCUCGAGCGAUGUUACGUGGUUAUUCUGGCGAUCGCUCAGAGUAUUUUACAUCACAGUGGAAUUGGACAAAUUUCCACCGUUACGGACUACAUUAAAGAGAAGUUCAAACCUAUCAUAAAAUCCGAGUAUCAACUCAUCUACCUAUGUCACGUGGUCGGUCCCUUCCUGAAUCGACUAAGCACAGAACGACCACGUGCCGUCUCAGACAUCACACUGCUCCUGUACGAGCUGCUCGAACAGGUCGACAAAGCUCAACCGUCGGCUCCCCUCAAAUACAUGGAUCCGAUCUGUGAUCUGCUGUAUCACAUCAAGUACAUGUUCGUGGGUGAUCUGAUGAAGUCCGAACUGGAAGCGAUCAUUCGCCGGUUGCGCCCUGCACUGCAGAUGCGUUUACGGUUCAUCACACGUUUGAAUGUCGACGAGAUUGGAGUCGAGCAACAGAGUGUUGAAUCCGGUAGCCAAGUCAGUGGGCAGACAAGCCACGCACAGCAGGCCACUAGUGGAGUUGCACAACAGGUUGGCGUUCAACAAGGUGGUACGGGUGGUUCGCAAUCCACCGCGAAUCAUCAGCAACAGAAGCAGCAGUAAUGAGCAGCUUGUUGGAGGUGAGUGUUUGCUUUUUUUAUUAUCUUUUAUUGAGAUAUUCUAGAAUUUAUACACACUAUGAUAGGUAUAACAACAUAUAAAUCAGCCUCACAUUAUUAUAGUACUAUGCAAUAUAUAGUGUCUGCAGUAGGUA